CUCUUUCUCUCCCUGGUCAGCCCCGCACUUGGGUUCGGCGCCCUCACCUGCUCCUCGGGGGGCAGCUGCCUCCUGCGCCUCUGGCCAUGCAGCUGCUGUGGUCGCUGGCCAUUUCUCUCGCCGUGGUACUGGCCGCGGGGCUGAUCAGGGUCUCCGGGGGUGCCGAGGCCCAGGAGCCGCAGAACCGAUCCAAGAGAGGCACAGAGGAUGAUGAGGCCAAGGGGGUACAGCAAUAUGUGCCCGAAGAGUGGGCCGAGUACCCCCGGCCCAUGCACCCCGCUGGCCUGCAGCCCACCAAGCCCUUGGUGGCCACCAGCCCCGACCCAGACAAGGAUGGGGGCACGGCAGGCAGCAGCCAGGAGCCUCGGGCCAAUCUGACAGGGAUGCCAGGCCAGAGGCUGCAGAUUCAGAACCCCCUGUACCCGGUAACCGAGAGCUCCUACGGGGCGUACGCCAUCAUGCUCCUGGCCCUGGUGGUGUUCGCUGUGGGCAUCGUGGGAAACCUGUCGGUCAUGUGCGUCGUGUGGCACAGCUACUACCUGAAGAGCGCCUGGAACUCCAUCCUGGCCAGCGUGGCCCUCUGGGAUUUUCUGGUCCUCUUUUUCUGCCUCCCUGUGGUCAUCUUCAAUGAGCUCACCAAGCAGAGGUUGCUGGGCGACGCCUCUUGCCGGGCCGUGCCCUUCAUGGAGGUCACCUCACUGGGAGUCACCACCUUCAGCCUCUGCGCCCUGGGCAUUGACCGCUUCCACGUAGCCACCAGCACCCUGCCCAAGGUGAGGCCCAUCGAGCGGUGCCAGUCCAUCCUGGCCAAGCUGGCCGUCAUCUGGGUGGGCUCCAUGAUCCUGGCCGUGCCCGAGCUCCUGCUGUGGCAGCUGUCACAGGAGCCCUCCCCCACCGCGGGCACGCUGGACUCGUGCAUCAUGAAGCCGUCGGCCAGCCUGCCGGAGUCGCUCUACUCGCUGGUGAUGACCUACCAGAACGCCCGCAUGUGGUGGUACUUUGGCUGCUACUUCUGCCUGCCCAUCCUCUUCACCGUCACCUGCCAGCUGGUGACGUGGCGGGUGCGGGGCCCUCUGGGGAGGAAGCCCGAGUGCCGGGCCGGCAAGCACGAGCAGUGCGAGAGCCAGCUCAGCAGUACCUUGGUGGGCCUGACGGUGGUCUACGCCCUCUGCACGCUCCCCGAGAACGUCUGCAACAUCGUGGUGGCCUACCUGUCCACGGAGCUGACGCGCCAGACCCUGGACCUCCUGGGCCUCAUCAACCAGUUCUCCACCUUCUUCAAGGGAGCCAUCACGCCCGUGCUCCUGCUGUGCCUCUGCAGGCCGCUGGGCCGGGCCUUCCUGGGCUGCUGCUGCUGCUGCUGUGGGCAGUGCGGCGGCCCGGAGGCCUCAGCCGCUGGCGGCUCGGACAGCAAGCUCAAGUCCGAGAUGCCCUCCUCCAUCUACUUCCACAAGCCCAGGGAGUCGCCCCCGCUCCUGCCCCUGGGCACACCUUGCUGA